UCCCUUUCCUUUUUUUCAAGCCUAAUUUUGCACACGCGGUGGUGGUCUCGCACCGCGGUGAAUUGGUGGAGUUGGGGUGCUUGCUGCGCCGCGUUUUAAUUUUGUGCAAAGGGACACACACAGGCCAUUAUUUUUUUCCUCUCCCACCCUCCGCCUUAUCCCCCGAACAAUCCGUGAUCACCGAGGCCGUUUCCACUGAAAACCACGCGAGGAUUUCACUAUGGACACAUCGUCUCCCGAAGCGCAAGUGGCGCCGGACAAUUGGGAAGACCACAGUGUGGAGAUCAACAAUGCCGAUGAUGACGACGACAUGGCAAAGUCGUUUUCCAAGCUAAACGUGGACGCGCCGCCGUUCGUGCCUUCAUUCGCCACGUUGCAGAUGGCACAGUUAGACCCACCGGAGAAAGGCAACGAAGAUUCUCCAUCAGAUAAAAAAGACAGCGACAAGGAGGAUUCUGCAAGUAUGGACGACUCCCCGGCAGACUGGGAAUGUGUGACGCUGGAGGACAGUCCUCAGGACGCAGGUGGGGGCGACCACACGCCCUCGACGGGGGACGAGGACGAGCGCAUGGACGUCGCCACCAAACCACGCAAGAAACCGCCCAAGGAGGAUGACCAGGGUCCUAAAAAAGAGCACAUAAACGUCGUCUUCAUUGGCCACGUUGACGCCGGCAAGUCUACCAUUGGUGGCCAGCUUCUAUAUUUGACGGGAAUGGUAGACAAGCGAACGUUGGAAAAGUACGAGCGGGAAGCAAAAGAAAAGAACAGAGAAUCUUGGUACCUCUCCUGGGCACUAGACACAAACCAGGAAGAACGGGACAAGGGCAAGACUGUGGAAGUGGGCCGUGCCUACUUCGAGACUGAGAACAAGCACUUCACACUCCUGGAUGCACCAGGCCACAGAUCCUUUGUGCCCAACAUGAUCGGAGGUGCAUGCCAGGCUGACUUGGCGGUGUUAGUGAUCUCGGCGCGCAAGGGCGAGUUUGAGACAGGCUUUGAGCGAGGGGGCCAGACGCGAGAGCAUGCCAUGCUGGCCAAGACGGCUGGGGUUCGACACCUGGUCGUCCUGGUCAACAAGAUGGACGACCCCACGGUGGAAUGGUCCGAGGAGAGGUACAACGAGUGCAAGGACAAGCUGGUGCCGUACCUGCGCAAGUGCGGCUUCAACCCCAAGACGGAGCUGACCUUCAUGCCCUGCUCAGGACUCACGGGAGCCUACUUGAAAGAGGUGGCGCCGCCCGACGUCUGCCCCUGGUACAGGGGUCCCCCGUUCCUCGUGUACAUUGACAGCCUGGCACCGCUUAGCCGGUCUGCCGACGGGCCUUUCCGCAUGCCUGCCGUCGACAAGUACAAGGACAUGGGCACGGUGGUGCUGGGCAAAGUAGAGUCUGGGUCGGCAAGGCGAGGCCAGCAGCUGUUGCUGAUGCCAAACCGGCGGACUGUCGAAGUGCUCCAGCUAUGGUCCGACGAGGAUGAGACGAAUCUGAUUACGUCAGGGGAGAACGUCAAAGUCAAGCUCAAGGGCGUGGAAGAAGAGGAAGUGUCUCCAGGGUUCGUGCUGUGCGACGUGGUGAACCAGUGCAAGGUGGCCAAGGUGUUUGAUGCGCAAGUGGUCAUCCUGGAACACAAGUCCAUCAUCUGCCCUGGCUACAGCGCCGUGCUGCACAUCCACGCCGCCAUCGAGGAGUGCUCCGUCAAGACUAUCAUCUGCCUAGUGGACCGCAAGUCUGGUGAGAAGAGCAAAACGCGGCCACGGUUUGUGAAACAGGACCAGAUCGCCAUCAUGCGCAUGGAAUGCGCUGGUGUGGUAUGCAUGGAGCCAUUCAAGGAGUUCCCCCAGAUGGGACGCUUCACCCUGAGGGACGAAGGUCGCACCAUUGCCAUCGGGAAGGUGCUGCGGGUGGUGGAAUGACUGGGAGCAGCCCCGGAGCAGUGCCACUCUCCCGGCUCGCAGCCGCCACCACCACCCAGGGAUUGCCAGCAGCAGCAAGGCGCCGCCAGCUCCACCAACUCACCUCGCCACCGCCAACAACGGCACUGCGAGGGGGGCGCACGAGGCGUCGACAGCCGGCCCAAACGCACGGUUCGAGCCGCUGCGCCGUCGUCCGCAGGCGGAUGACCGUGGGCCCCACGGCGGUGCGCCGUCUGCAGUCGGCUCGGGACUCGAGUUGGGCCCAAACCAGAGCGCUAGAGUCAUCAGAAGAGGGUCACUGCAGCACCACUGUAUUGUUGUGCCUCGUUGCAUUAGCAGUCUUGGCAUGUAACUGAAAUUUCAAAAAUAGUAUGCAGAAUAACCUGGUUUCAGAAAACAAAACAACUUCCUUUUCUGUAAGCACUAUGCAUGCGAAUACGUCAAAUUUUGGAAGCAAGACGUGGAACACCCCGAUUCCACAAAGACAAGCAAAAGAUAACUUGUGUCCGAAAGUUGUGCAUAAGAAUUGUUUGAUUAGUUCCUUUAUUUUCUGCAUUCUUGGCAAUAGAUUCAAUACCUCUGUGUAAUUUCAGAUGGAGCUAGAACGUUCAUGCACACAAUAUUAUGGGUGCGCAGCAGAGAGGCACUGUGAUGCAAGUUCAAUUCUGUCAGUCACAUUUGCUGCAUCAUAGAGAUAGUCGAAAUUUGGCAGCAGAGGUGAUGUUAAUGGCAUAUACGGAUGGACUUCCACUUGAGCCUGACUGUACUGGGAUAGGUUACCAUAGCAUGAAAAGGCCCAUUGACAGUAUACCAGAAAACGCCCCUGUUUGCACACAUCGAAUGACUGUGUGCAUUCUGAACCUGUAAGUUUUCUGCGGCUCCGGCUGUUUGAUAAGCCUUUUUCUGAUGACUCUAGCUCCAGGACCUAAACCUUUGCCGCAUGGUGGGAUGAGCUUUAGAACUUUUGCACGGAAACUGAGCUGACAACUCUGUUGUGCUACGAAUGCUCCCUUAGCGGCAAUGCGGUGCACGUGGUUUUGCUUGAAGGAGAAGGGCCUCGUGGUGAUGACGCUGUGCCGUAUAAUACAGGUGCUUGAGAGUUGGAGGGGUCGCGGGAAGGUCGUGGUUGAGACACGGAUUUAAAAACGGCCAGCGUGUACCCCUUCCUUCACUUUGAAGAACCACUUGGAGGCGAUAGUUAUGUGAGGCUACGAUGGUGGUGCGAAUGUGGGUGCCAGUGCGAAAUGCUAGUUAACAAUAUUGGCCAGUUUUCAUGGGUGUAUUUUGUUUUUGUAUCAUUGUGCUCUUCAGUAUUCAACAGUAGUUGAAUACGGCACCAAUCUGAAUUAACCUUGCUGCUACGAGAAAUCAUUUAUUCUUUUCUGCCAUCACUUUGUCGAAGCACUCUCACGCAAUGCCUGGUUCCUGGUAAUAUUGUCGGCUUGUGUGGCUGAUAGCCUGGCAUAGGAAGCAGUAGGCAAGUUAUCUCCUGGUACCUUUCUAGUAUUUUUAUUAUAAAUUCUAGACAUCUGCCAUCUACCAGUAUGCUUCAUUUUCUAGUACCAAUCUGCACAAGAGUCCGUUGUCACGAAGUAUUUUUUGGGCACUCCUGCUGUUAGACUGAGCAAGUUUUAAACUGCUGCAGGAUCUGUGGUACCACCAUAGAUCCCGAAAUUUAUAUCCAGCAAUGCCAUACAACAAUAUGGUACCAAUUUACAGCGCUCGCAGUCUUGGUGUUAGGUCUGGCGUUAAACUGCUGGUUAUGUAGAUUUUCCGGCAACUGUGUACCUGGUGCCGGUAUCGUGUGUGCUCCAGCCAUUGGUCAUUCAAAGUAGCAAGUACCAUAUUCCCACUGCCAUUUACGUAGCCUAUUUGGGUGUUGGGAAAGCCUUCCCUUAAGCGAAAUCCACGGGCAUUGCAUUUCAAGAAAGAAGUAAAUGGGUUGCCUUGCAAGUGAGGUCUACUUUGGGUUCGGUUCAACUCUGGGACAGUCUGCAGACUCUUGAGAACAGGACAGGCAAAUGUGCACCAGCCGUUGAGACGGUCGUUACCGGACGAGACCAGUCUACAGAGAUGAUGGAGAGACUUUUUUUUUUUCUGUCUCUUUUGUAUAGACACACAAAUUUCUCAAUUUUGUUGCCGUCUUUCCCUGGAUUUUUCUUUUUUUUUUUAAUGAGAAUUUGUUUAUAUAUGUGCAACCUUUCUCUGCUCUGUUCUGUGUUUUAUAUAGUAAAUAUGUACAAUUGUCCUUUCUUUGUGCCUUGAAACAAGAUUUUUCGCUACAAUGACACAUCGGUUAGCAUACUUGCCCUUUCGGGGAAGACGGCUUAGUCCGCCUCCUGUGCAAGCUGUCAACUUCAUUUGCCAUAUAUGUAUUUUUAAUUGCGCAGGGUAUCGUGCAUUUCACAGUGCAUGGGUUUUGGGUUGUCUGGCAAUUAUUGCAUAUCAUGGCGCUUUAUUAUUUUGUUCCAUACAAAAUAUGUCCAGAAUUUGUCACAUAUUGGAGGUACUACGCGCCGCGUUCCUCGUUUAGGUUGUUUCGUUCACCGCCUGCAUCUAAAAAGAGUGCGGCGAAGAUCUUAGUUUUAAAUGUUUCACGUAAUAUAGCACGAAGAAAAUGUGCAUACUUUUUUUUUUUCUGAGGAACAGAGGAAAAAACUGGUGGUGGUUGACGCACUCGUGCCCAGUGUUCAUGGGCUUGAAAACGAUCUUCAGUGGAAAAAAAUCUUGUUUUAAUUUCUUGAAGAAAUGAUUAUGUGGUGAAAGUAAGUGGCGGGAGAAUUUUUUUUUUUCCUCUUUGUUCUCCCUUUGAUUUUGUUGUUUUUACCAAACUACCAAGGAAAAACAAAUAAAAACGUUUAUUCCAAUCAACAUGA